CCCCUCCUCAACACCGUCCUUGAUUACAAAAUCUGCAGAUUUAGAUUCAGAUUUCCUUAUGGCAAUGACAAUCUUCCUUCAACAAUCUACCUGUGCCGCCACAUACACUUCUCGCAGGUGUCAGGGUUCACAAGCUGAUGCCAGAAUCAUCUCAGAGCUCAAGCACGAGCGCUCCUCCCUUCCAAAACACAAGCUAUCUCGACUGAUGGGAGACUUCAACGCUGGACUUGGGAUCAGAAGAAACAUGAAGAACGUGGCAGUCCACGCCGGGGUACCCCCAGAAACGCCCUUUCCUGCUGAUCCUUCACCUGGCCAUUGGAAAGUUUGGAUUCUUGGAACAAUUGUGACGAUACUUCUAUCCUUCUUCACCAAAGGGAAAUGGGGACCGUUGCUGAAAUUGAAAGAUAAAGUUGAAACAACAAUAGAGCGCGCGGAAGAAGUUUCAGACGUGGUGGAAGAAGUGGCUGAGAAGGUGGAGGAGGUGGCUGAAGCAGCUUCCAAGCAUCUUCCUGAGGGCAAACUCCAAGAUGCUGCUGAGUUCGUUGAAGAAGUGGCUGAAAAAAUAGACGAAGAGGCCCAUCUAGCAGGAGACGUCCUGGAAAAGGUAGAAGAAAUGGGAAAGGAGGUGGACUCGUUCGUCGAUUCAAGCACUCAUCAAGACAAGACCGUCGACGUCAGUGAACAAAAAGCCGAAGAUCACAAGUAAAGAAGUGGUCAAUGUAUCAUUCCCUUUGUGGGUGAAAUAUUACAGGAGACGGAUCUGAAACUAAUUAUUUUUUUACGUAAGUAAUUUCAUUUUUAUAAAUGUGAUUUGUGAAACAGCUUGAUCAUAUUCUAAAUGAUUUGUAAGUUUAUUAAAAUAAU